UUUUUAUUUGCUGGAGACGCAGGAAAACCACAGGAAUGCUCAGUGCGCCUAGCUAGCUGACAACGACGUCCGGACAGUCGUCAGACUCAGUCGAGUGAGCACAAAGAUGCGCACUGCAUGCAGCUAGCUAUGCAGUGAAGAGCUAAAGAGAGAGCGAAGCGCGUCGUCACGGCUACGAUUUCGCUAAAUUAGACGAUCGCGGCGAAUAGAAAUAUUGAACUCGAGAUGUCGGCCUUCAAGACACCAAACAAGAAACACUCUGGCGACUUUAAGAUCGCCAAAGGCGUUGUGGUCUGCUCGGAAGCGGAGCUUUUCGGAGACAUCACGAUCGGAGGUGGGACGGUGGUGCACCCUAGUGCUCACAUUCUUGCCCAGGGAGGACCUAUUGUCAUCGGAGAGCGUAACCUAAUUCAAGAGCAGGUCACGAUCAUCAACAGCAAAAGGGAAGAUGGGUCCACCCCAACUAUGGUCAUCGGCAAUGGAAACAUCUUUGAAGUCGGAGCCCAUUGUGGGAGUCUGUCGGUUGGUGAUGGAAACACUUUUGAAGCCAAAAGUAGAGUUAGCGAGAGAGUCAAGGUGACGGAUCGUUGUUCGGUGGGUGCUGGGUGCUCUCUGGACAGUCAGGAAACUCUGCCCACCGGGACCGUCCUACACGGCCGGGAAUGCCACAGAUACACCAAGAAGAUACCGACUCAGAACAACAACCAGCAACAGCUGGACUACCUCAUCAAGGUGCUGCCCAACUAUCACCGACUCACAAAAUCAACCGCACCGGCAUCGACUGCUACUCCGAACACCUGAAACUCUGCACUAUUAUUACCGUAUUCAUAGCUAUUGUGAGUCGACAACAUCGAUCAUGCAAGUGAAAUAUUGACUGAUGAAUCAAAAUGGUUUCUAGUGACUGAUGGGUGUACUGGCGUUGCUCAAAUGAACUUGGCUUAUCCCUUCAAACGUUCUUUUCCUUGAGAAACUCCAAUGUAUAUAAAUUCAAUAUCAUAAAAGACAGCGUUGACAUUUUGUAUAUACACUACUCCAUAAAUCUAGCUACAGUGAUUUAAAAGUCAGUUCGUGAUAAAUCAGUUGUGCACUGCUUCGCUACUCGGCUUAUGCUCUUCCUCCGUUGCUGCUGCUGCUUUCUCUUCGAAUGAAACCUGUGGUUCGGGGGAAGUCUUGACAGACUCCCUGGUGUGUUGGUGGCCGUUGGAGGUGGAGCUGGUGUCUGGAGGCGUGUAGACAAACGACUCGGUCAGUUCUUCUGCUGAUUGACCUGGCUUCGUCUUGGGCAGUGUCUGUUCCUUCAUUGGGUAGAGGGGAGGGUGGUCGCUGCCUCUGUUACCGAGUUCCACUGACACUGUAGCAAUAGCCUUGUUCCUUCUUCUGCUGUCCUUGUCCCCAGCUGAGGACACGGAGUAUUCUCGUCUGCCAAACAGGAGAC